GAGAAAGUGGUGAUGGCGGUGACAGAGAUAGGCAACAUGCAUGGAAGAGAGUCUCUAUGGCAUCAUCUGUAAGCGAGGCAGAAAGUGCUGAUGGAGACGAUGGCAAACUUCAACCAGGGACGCUGACGAAUGCAAUGCUUAGGAAGCACAGGAGAUGGAAACAGUGGAGCAAAGCGAAGGUAUCUUAUGGUCGCAGCCAGAUGAGUACUUAUGCAAGACAUGAAAUGUGGCUCAAUUCGCUCCCGCCUGGAUAUCUUGAGGAGUGUGUCAUGAUGGUUAGGGAGGCCAACAUGUGUGCAGAGAGUCUUGGUCUAUCGAUGCGAUACAAUCUGCAGCUGUUGAAAGAUGGUUUGUGGGUGAAAGUGAUGGAAAAGCCCACACCCGCAGACAAGAAGAGCAACGAAUUUUUACGCUUCAGGACAAGCUGGGAACGAAAGCAGCACCAGGCUAGACGAAGAGGGCUGUUGGCGUUUGGAGUGGAAGAUAAGACAAAUCAACCCGAUGAGUCUUUGCUCCUCAUGAAGCAGAGGCGACGGAUGUUGUCGUUGGAGAUAUUUAGUCAUACUCAUGUGCGACUGAAGAGACUGGCUAUGGAGUCAAAAUUUCGAGCCGUGAUGAUUGAUGAGUACGGUGCCGGCCCAAGGCUUCCUUACACACCACGGUGGACAAAGCGUAUGGUCGGCCUCAGAAGAUUCCACAGGGCUGGACAAGAGACAGUGACUAACUCCAUCACAGAUGUGGAGAAACUUCGCCGCCAGACCAAGCUAACAGGUCGUGCGGCAUGGUCAUUACCUACCACUCAUGCCGUGGAGGACAGUGCACCGCUGCCAAAGAAGGUCCAGAGGCAACAGAUCCGAAUGCGCCGGCUGACCCGUGGGCAGCCAAGCAUGAAGGGUGCUCGGACCACCCGAGCAUUACUUCAGGAAGAACUUGUGGACGAGGAGUCCCCAACUCCCGUAUAUGAUCCCCGUGACAUGAUAAGAAUUACACAUGAGCUGAUCAUUACCGGGAGUGUACCAGAUGAGCUCUUGGGCCUGGGCGCAAAAGCUACCACUGCGGAUAGCAAGGGUCCUAUUUCCCGUCUUGCUGCAAGCUGGGGUUUAGCGCCCAACGGUAAUCACAAAAGUGGGAAAGGGCAGGGACACCCCAAAAGUUCGCUCAGUAACAGCGAGAACAGUCCAGUCCCUUUUCCAGGGCGAAACAGUGGUUAUUAUUCUGUAAAUGAAACAUCAUCUGCUCUUCUCUCUCCACACAAUACCCCACGCCACAUCAGCAAGUCACAACUGGCUUCCGUUGAAGAUUCUCUUGUUCAGGCCUUUUCUGUACACACCAGAAUUGGAGAAGUGAAGCCGGACGUAGUAGAGGACUCAUUCCGCUGGAGGCUUCGGAAUAUUCACCCUCUUCAACCUGAAUCAGAUCAAGGCCACUCUCGCCGUUUUCGACAAUACCUGAGACAAGGUGGCUCAUUGAUAGGGUCGACGACAGCCGUCCAGAUGGCCACAACUUCCGCACUGAUUCCCCGCGUGAAGGAAGAAAAUGGACGCUCAAAUGCUGAGGAGACGAGAGCACAGAUAUCAGUGCGCAUGUGGCUCGAAGUUUCAUCUGGGAAAUGGACGAUGGGGUCGAAGACAGCCAUCCAGAUGGCCACAACUUCCGCACUGAUUCCCCGCGUGGAGGAAGAAAAUGGAUGCUCAAAUGAGGAGACGAGGGCACAAACAUCAGUGCGCAUGUGGCUCGAAGCAUCCUUUGGGAAACGGGGAGAUUCCAUGCUCAGAAAGUGUCAGUUAUGCGGAUCCCAGGGGCAUGACAUCCAUCCAUCCAUCCAUCCAUCCUAUGACUGACCAAGUUUCAAGCACGCCAGUCGCAGUAGUGAAGCAGGUCUCUCAGUGAGGAAUCAAAGGGAUCCCCUUCG